GGGAGAAAGCUGAGUGGAGAGAAGACGCUCUCAGAUCAGUCAGUGGCUUCAUGGAGUUAUGUACCUCUGAUCCGCCGCCAUGGAUUGCAAUCCGCGAUCACUCCUUUUCAUUUUACCUCUUUUGUUGUCCUGCGUUGCUCCUGCGUUUCCCAUCAUCUACCCCCCUAAUGAAGUCAACCUAUUAGACUCUAAAGCAAGCCAAGGGGAGCUAGGAUGGAUUUCCUACCCAUCGCAUGGGUGGGAGGAGAUCAGUGGGGUGGAUGAGCACUACACUCCCAUCCGGACCUUCCAGGUCUGCAAUGUGAUGGAGUACAGCCAGAACAACUGGCUCCGCACCAACUGGAUCCCUCGCCAGUCGGCCCAGAAGAUCUACGUGGAGCUGAAGUUCACCCUCAGGGACUGCAACUCCAUCCCGCUGGUGUUAGGCACCUGCAAGGAGACCUUCAACCUCCUCUACCUGGAGACAGACGACGACCAGGGUAGCCACUUCAGAGAACACCAGUUCACUAAGAUCGACACCAUCGCUGCUGAUGAGAGUUUCACCCAAAUGGACCUCGGAGAUCGCAUCCUAAAGCUCAACACUGAGGUGCGCGAGGUGGGUCCCAUGACCAAGAAGGGCUUCUACCUGGCGUUCCAGGACGUGGGUGCCUGUGUAGCUUUAGUUUCAGUGAGGGUUUACUUCAAGAAGUGCCCGCACACUGUGAGGAAUCUGGCCUCCUUCCCUGAUACGGUGCCCAUGGACUCCCAGUCGCUGGUGGAGGUCAAAGGCUCAUGUGUCAAUCACUCCAAAGAGGAGGAGCCGCCGCGAAUGUACUGCAGCACAGAGGGAGAGUGGCUCGUGCCUAUUGGGAAGUGUCUAUGUAACCCCGGGUACGAGGAGAGAAGCAACACCUGCCAAAUGUGCAGGGCCGGCUUCUAUAAAUCCACGCUCGGAAAUAUGGAGUGCUCAAAGUGUCCGCCUCAUAGCUUCUCUCACCAUGAGGGGUCGCUGCACUGUGGCUGUGAGAAAAACUACUUCCGUGCUGAAGGGGACCCCGCCUCCAUGGCCUGUACCCGCCCCCCUUCAGCUCCUCGCAAUGUGAUCUCUUCCAUCAACGAGACCUCAGUAAUUCUGGACUGGAGCUGGCCGGAAGACACCGGUGGGCGCAGGGACAUCACCUUCACCGUCCUCUGCAAACGCUGCCGCGGCGGGGCUGCUAACGGCAGUAACGGUGGCAACCAGCGUUGCGAGCCUUGCCGGAGCAACGUUCACUUCCUGCCAAGAGCCACAGGUCUCCACAACACCACGGUGACUGUGGGCGACUUGCUUGCCCACACUAACUACACCUUCGAGAUCGAAGCGCUAAACGGUGUGUCAUCGCUGGCACCCAAGAUGAGGCAGUACGCCGCCGUCACCAUCACUACCAACCAAGCUGCUCCCUCCCCGGUAACGGUGAUCAAAAAGGAGAAGACGUCUCGAAACAGCGUCUCCCUGUCCUGGCAGCAGCCGGAAAGACCCAAUGGCAUUAUCCUCGAUUAUGAGAUCAAAUACUACGAAAAGGAGGAGCAGGAGACCAGCUACACCAUCCUUCGUGCUCGGGGCUGUAAUGUGACUCUGAAUGGUCUGAAGCCCAACACCGCCUACCUGCUGCAGAUUAGAGCUCGGACCGCUGCUGGAUAUGGAGCCAGCAGCCCCAGUUUCCAGUUUGAGACCAGCCCCGACUCAGCCUUCUCUAUCUCCAGUGAGAGCAGCCAGGUGGUUCUGAUCGCCAUUUCCUCCGCUGUGGCCAUCAUCCUGCUCACUGUGCUGCUCUACGUCCUGAUUGGCAGGUUUUGUUGCCACAGUAAAUCCAAACAUCCUGAUGAAAAAAGACUGCACUUUGGCAACGGCCACUUGCGUCUGCCGGGUAUCAGGACCUACGUGGACCCCCACACGUACGAGGAUCCGAGCCAGGCUGUGCAUGAGUUUGCAAAGGAGCUGGAUGCCUCCUGCAUCGCCAUCGACAAAGUGGUGGGAGCAGGUGAGUUUGGCGAGGUGUGCAGUGGUCGCCUGAAGCUGCCCAGCAAGAAGGAGAUCUGUGUGGCCAUCAAGACUCUGAAAGGAGGAUACACAGACAAGCAGAGGCGGGACUUCCUUGCUGAGGCGUCAAUCAUGGGACAGUUUGACCACCCCAACAUCAUCAGGCUGGAGGGGGUGGUAACACGCAGUAAACCCGUCAUGAUUGUCACAGAAUACAUGGAGAACGGAUCCCUGGACAGUUUCUUGAGAAAGCACGAUGCCCAGUUUACAGGCAUCCAGUUGGUCGGCAUGCUGCGUGGCAUCGCCUCGGGCAUGAAGUACCUGUCAGACAUGGGCUACGUUCACCGAGACCUGGCAGCUCGAAACAUCCUGGUCAACAGCAACCUGGUGUGUAAAGUGUCAGACUUUGGCUUGUCCCGAGUCCUGGAGGACGACCCGGAGGCUGCUUACACCACCAGGGGAGGUAAGAUCCCCAUCCGGUGGACCGCUCCCGAGGCUAUUGCCUACAGGAAGUUUACAUCAGCCAGUGAUGCUUGGAGUUACGGCAUUGUGCUCUGGGAAGUGAUGUCAUAUGGGGAACGGCCAUAUUGGGAGAUGUCCAAUCAGGAUGUAAUAAAGGCUGUAGAUGAAGGAUAUCGCCUCCCCCCACCCAUGGAUUGCCCGGCUACCCUCUACCAGCUGAUGUUGGACUGCUGGCAGAAAGAGAGGAACAACCGGCCUAAGUUUGAACAGAUUGUCAGCAUCCUGGAUAAACUCAUCCGUAACCCCGGUAGCCUCAAAAUCACGGCCAACACCACUUCCAGGCCAGCCAACUUGUUGUUGGACAGGAGCAGUUCAGAGGUUCCCGCGAUGGGGACGCUGGGUGACUGGAUGGAUGGAAUGAGGACCUUGCCCUGCAAAGAGGCCUUCUCUGGGGUCAGCUACAGCUCCUGUGACACCCUGGCCAAGACCUCCACCGAUAGAGUGGUUCUGACGGAGGUCCACGUCACACCGGCCACUUGCCCAGAAUGGGAGCCGUCCAUGGGAAUCACCACUCUCUAACGCCCAGCUCCUCUCCGCCUCCUCAGGCUCUGGAUGGGAUCUGAAAAAGGUUGGUGUGACUAUCGUAGGACCGCAGAAGAAGAUCGUGAGCAGCCUCAAAGCCCUAGAUUCCCACACCAAGAAUGGCCCAGUACCUGUUUAAGAAAUGAACUCAGCAAGUUAAAAGAACCAGAGACUCGUCUGUCGAUGUGGUUGCUAAUCACAGUCUAACACAGUGGCUUCAUAUGUAAACUGAAAACGGAUGGAAAUGAAGGAAAAAUAUAUGAUCGAAAUGAGGGCUUUUGUUGUUUCGUUGAAAGACAAUAUCAAGUCCUGACAGAGAAACGGGAAAGAGUUCAGUGCAGACCUGCCAGCUCGUUAACUGGCUGACUCUUCGACCCUCUGUCCCUCCAUGCCCAAGUUGAGAUGCCUUACAGACAAAUAGGGGGGUUAGAGAGAGCAGAGGAAAGCCAAGGAGGUCAAGGAGACCUGCCUAGGGAUACAAAAUGGGACAGGACUGGGAUACAGGGCAAGGACUGGACUAACAUAAAGCCGGAGCUCUCCAAUAUUGGCUACGCUGGACAGCAUAGCCUUCCCUUUACAGCAAAAAGGGGACAGGCAUGCUCAAAGUCUCCUCCCUCCACGCCUGACUAGGCAGCCUGUGGAACGAGGCAGUGAAAUGGUGUGUAGAAGAGCACGGCAGACAGCAGCAGCUCACCCGGAUGUGGACCCUUCCUGGACUAAUGAGGUCUGAUGCGUGAGAUUUUGUCAUAACUACCUACAUUUACUGUCUCUAUCCAUGAGAGAACUGAGCUGGUUAUGGACACGCCUAGACGUUAACCGAGCCGUUUUACUCUGUAGCUCUAACUCUAUAGCAUUUGCAUUCAGUAGACAUGUCACAUAAAAGCAAUAAUUAUGAUAAUCAGUUAAAUAGUCUCAUUGUUCGGAAGCCAUGAGUCUGUCACAUGUACAAUGUAUUGAACGCUGUGCUUUGAAGGUACAGGGGCCAUUACACACUUCACACACAGAAUUUUCUUUAUGGGGACAUCUAUGUUCUAUGUGCUUAUGAACAGAUAUUGUACAGUUAUAGUGCCGUUCCCUCAACCCAAUGCCCUUUGUGUGAAAUCUCAGGAUGUAUACGUUAUUCGUUGUAUUUUCUCUAACAAGGGGAAACAGACAGAGGGAAUGGAGCAGUGCCAGGAACUGAGGGCGCAGGUUAAGAAAGACAGAAAAUAGAAACUGUAAGAGAGAAUUUUAUGAGAGGAAAAAGAGAAUCUAUGAUGAAGUAGUGUCUUUCAGGCCUCUGCUUCAAACAUUGUUGUUGUGUUGCGGAAGUGUUUUAAACUAGAAGAGUUUGUACUUGAGUUUCUUCAGGUAAGGCAAGUUAGCAUCAUCAACCCCACACAACAUCAGGUAUCAUUUUCUUUCCAAGGAGUGGGAUUUGUUCUGUGAUCAGUCACCUGUUUCCAAUAAUAUCAGCCCAUGAAAUGGCUGUUAUCAGUUAUUAUCACUCCCAUGAUAAUACUUCAGAUGGAGCAAACUGCAGUAACCAUUAGGCCAGAACAUGCAUAUCAGUGUUGUGAAGUUAGUUAGUUUUCACUUUCGUUAGGUUUAGGCACCAAAAGUACUUGGAAAGAGAUUAUGAUUUGGGUUGAAGUAAGUACAUUAGUUAUGUAACUUAAGCUACAAACAUAAGUUACCUUACGUUUUGUACUUGAAUACCUAUGUAACUUAGAAAAAAAGGGAAACUUUUGGUUUCGCCUGGGACAUAAAGAGCAGUCUCCCAGGUGAAAUGUCUUACAUAUCUUUGAGCCAUCCAUCCACCCUAUCGUCCUCCCUACACAGAUUUUAUCUCUCUUCAGACUAUGUCACCUGUCUUCCUCCUUUGCUCCUGUCAUAAUUACUAUGGCCACCUAACAUUAAACAUAAAUAUAAGAGGUAGAGUAGAGCCAUAGCUCCUCAAAUCUAUGCUACCAAUGACAACUGAUAAAGGCCAUUUAAUGGGCUGAUAGCAUUCAAACUAGGCGGAUCUGUUCACAAGGUUGAGAUCAACACUGCUGAUCCGAGGGUGUUGUAAUAUUGCUUUAGUCUGAGUCCAUAACUUAUUAACAAGAGCCAUGUGGGAUCUGAAAAAAUGCUAUUAAAAAGAACUUUAUCCUAGUUUGAAAUUAAUCCAUAAACCCUGGUGUGUUUAACACAAAAUGUAGAGUGCCUCCUCUAGUUGGGUUGGAUCAUGGUGGCAUCAUCAAGCAAAAAAAAAAGCCCCUGUUUUGAUUUACUUUCAACAAAGUCUUGGUCUUUUUUCUAUGUUUUCAAAGGGGUAUGAGGUUUUCUCAUCACUGCCCUAAACUAACAAUGUGUGAAAAUGCCCUGAAAGAGAUGCAACACGUCCAAUAAAUGAUUGCUUUCUGAGAUACUUUCUAAUACAAUAUAUUUCAACGAUGGGAUUUCCUAAAGGCACCUUAGAACUUAGAGGGUCUUUGUACUAUGAAGUACAGACUUAUAGAUAUUAGUCUCUUGCUUUGAUGUCACCCAGUCAGUCCCUCAGCGCAACACAUACCCAGUAUUUCUAAACUGGCACUUUGGUACUUUGUGCUGUCGGAUGGGUGACAUUUAACCACGAGGGUGCUAUCUGAAGCUUUUUCCAAGCACUUAGUACACACUAUUUGAGCACUUUGAAUGGAAAUGGUAUUGCCUUGGCUAUAAACUAAGUUUACCUAAUGGAAAGGAGUGAUGUUGGUGCUUUUGGGAAACCCGUCCCUGUACAGUGCGUCAGUCGGUCCUCUGUUACUUGGUCUACCUGUGGAUGCUGCUGUUGCUGCUAUGUGUUCUAAUUAGCAUGUACAUAAUGUAAACCAUCGUAAUGAUAGCAACUAGCGCUACAGAUCCCACUAUAUGUACAUGGCCAUCCCUCUUUGUACAAAUGUUUGUAUGUAUAAAAGAAUAAAUAAAAAAUGUGCAACAUUUUUAAUUAAAAAAGAGACAAAAAUCAUCUGUAUUAUAUUUUAUCUUAUGUUGAAUUAUAUUUGUCUGCUUUGUUUGUUUUUCUUUUCUACAAUAAAAAGGCAAUUAUGAUUACAUUAUUAUUUAUUUGUUAACAUUAUGCAGCGCAAUGUUGAUGGAUUUUUUUGUAGCAUACAGUAAAUUAUGUGGCAGUGCUAUCUGUGUUUUGGUUUUUGACUUACUUUAUAAACCUGGGACAUCUGAGAGAGCAAUACUGUUAUGCACCCUAUAUCCAGAUCCCUCAUUUUCUGUCUCAAGACUGACCCGUGUGUCUGUGUGAGAGUUUACGUGUGCAAAUGUAGAUGGCCUUGUCUACUAAUGUAAAAUGAUUUGUAGUGGAAACAUUUAUAUUUUUAUAAUAAAUAUUCGCAAAAUAUUUUCCAAAAAAAUG